AUGAUGUUUGGGGUGUGCUUCAAGGUUUUCCGUGGCAGGCCUUGUUUUUGGUGGAAGCUUUCGCAACGUCACCCAGUUGCCUCCACAACCAAUGAGCUUCCACAAAACCUGAAGGGUGUCCACUCCGCACCACUUUUCUCUUUGGGCGAUCCCAACCAUGGAGCUAUCAUAGAAGAGGAGAAGGAGGCAAUGGCAAAACAACUCUGGGAUGCAAUUCAAACGGAGGUGUUUACAUACUCAAGGCUGCACUUGCCUCGGUCAGCGCAAAAGGAACGACCAGAGGGGACAAUGGCUCAGGUUGAAUUCAAUCCAUUCGAUUGA